AUGGGAGACUCUCGCGAUGACGGCAAGAAGGUUCCGACAUGGGAUGGAGACGUCACCAGGUUUCAAGAGUAUCGCGAACGUGUGAAGUGGUAUGUGGCUGGUCUUUCACAUCGAGAUAAGCAAGUGGCUGGAGCUCGACUGGCGGCAGCUCUCACUGGCGAAGCGUGGAAGGCGCUCGAGGAGGUCUCGGACGAGGGACGGGAGCUGCUGGAGAAGGCGGGCGGCCACAAGAUAUUGCUGGAGUUCCUGGACGAGACGCUCAUGGACGAGCCGAUCCCGGAGGCCGCGAAGUACCUGAAGGAGUACCUGUUCACGCUGCGACGGCGGAACAACGAGGGCAUGAAGGCCUACGCUCAGAGAAGCAGGAUCGUCGCAGACAAGCUGGACCAGAGCUUCAGGCGGAUCGAGGAGAAGGACACGACGACCGAGAUCAAGCUAGUAAGGAAGGCGCGGCCAGAGGAGAAGACAGAGUCCGUGACGCUGGAGUCCACUCGCGAACGAGAAGGCCCCGAAGGCGAAGAUGAAGGCGCAGAGGACGAAGGCAGCUGGAAGGACGAGAACGACGGCUACUGGAAGGGUAGCUGGUGGUAUGGCAGCAGCUGGUGGUCGAGUUCACCGACGGGGUCAGCUGGCUGGACCUGGCCACAGGCGACGACAUCGCUGAAGGCACACAAGAAGGUGACGCUGAAGGAAAAGGCUACGGAGGCGCUGUGCUCGCUGAUGGCACGUUUCGACCUGGAGGAUGACGAUACCGACAUCAAGGCGCUGAAGGAGGUGGCGACAGAGGCGCGCGAGACGCUGAUCCCGUCGGUGAUGGCGGGCUGGCUGCUACUACAACGAGCCGGACUGAAUGCUCAAGAGCGCGCGGGAGUCCUGUCGUCAGCCAAGAACUCGCUGAAUCUGAAGAACAUCGAGGCAGCGCUGCGGGACCAGUGGGCAGACGUGGACCUGAAGGAGCACGACGCGCACAACAAGAAGAGAGACAUAUUCCCGCACAAACCUGGCCGUGGACGAGCACUGGGAGUGUUUGGAGAAGAUGAAGAUGAUCAAGAGGAGGCCCCAGACGACUACGACCCGGAAGACGACUACGAAGCCUACGCGGAGUUCGACUGGGACGAGGACGAACUCGACCUCGAAGUUCUGGACGAGGAGGAACGCGCGGAGGCAGAGGAGGCACUGGCGGUCAUCGCCGGAGCCAAGAAGGACGUCAAGAACCAGAAGAGGACGCUGGCACAAGCGCGGGCCGUGGUGAAAGAUAUCAAGCAAAGCCGAGGGUUCUUUCAGAAGGGCAAGGGCAAGGGCAAGAAAGGCGGCAAGGGCCAAGGAGGGCCAUGCUUCAUCUGUAGCGGACCGCACAGGAAGGCCGACUGCCCGAAGAACCCGGAGAAUCGAAACAAGGAGCAACCACGCGGACGAGCAUCUCAGGUUGGAGCGUUGGCGUUCAGCUUCGCGAACUGGGAGGCCAACGACGACGAGCUCGAGGAGAACGACCUGGAGAUGGCCUACACGGAGUUCGAGGUGGAGCACGCGCUGGCCAGUCUCGCGGACGAGACGGAGGGGUGCAUGGUGCUCGACAGCGGAGCGACGAAGACGUUCGGGUCGAUCGUGGCGCUCGAGAAGAUCAUCGAGAAGCAGCAGCAGGCAGGAAUCGACACGAGCAACGUGAAGGUCGAUGUGACAGAUCGACCGAAGUUCGGGUUCGCUAACGGCGACGCGGAGCAGUGUUCGUGCCGGGCGAACCUCCCGCUGCAGGCGAACGGCAAUCUAGGUAGCGUGUCGGGCUACGCGCUGAAAACCAAGGGGGACCGCUACGUGCCGUUGUUGGGGUCAGUGGAUUUCUUGAAGCGUGCUGGAGCGAUCAUCGACUUCGAGACGGGGAUCGCCUGCUUCAACAAUAUCACGAAGAACAAGGUGGCGAAGCUCAAGCGGAUCUCGACGGGACAUCUGUGCAUCGACAUGACGAAGGACCUCUACGAGGCGAAGGUGAACUACACUGACAAGGAGGACUUCAAGCAGAAGCUCGAGUCCGACACGAACGACAGCUCGAUCAAGGACUGCGAGUACUUCGACCCGAUUUCGGAGGUUUUCGGCGAUCCAGACCACACCGACACGAUCGAAGUACGUGACUACCGAUACGUGCCAUCAGGGACGAUGCCCGGGGCGGCAGCGGCGGAUUCGACGCCCGCAGCCGACGUCCCGAUCGACAGCAACAAGCACCGCAACAUCAAGAAGGACCAAGGCCUCGACGGUGGUUCAGGACAUCGGAGGGGCAGUGGAGACCGACAGCGACGACAGACCGAUCCAGAGCGAUGGGGCAAGCGGACCAUCGGCGAAUGGAUGACACUGGAUCGUCGGGACCUACGACUGGACUGGGACAGAGCGGAGGCUGCCAACGAGAAAGACGAUCGCUACACGGGCAAGCCCUGCUACGGCGAGCACGACACGACACACCCGCUGGCGAGGCACGCCAACGGAUACAAGGUGAGCUACAAGUGCGUGAGAUGCGAGCUGGUCAUGCUGUACAUCCCGAAGCACGGGGCGACGGGCAGGUACAGGCAGAAGGGAGCUCUGGGACCGACCGUGGGAAAGAUCAAGAUCGAAGAAGUGACGAAGGAGAAGGUCACCAAGGAGAAGGCGACGUCGGAGAGAGAGAGCCGGACCAAGAUCGAAGAGGUGUCUUCGGAGGACUCAUUCGAGAAGGCCGGAGAAUCAGAGGAGGAGGAGACGCCGUACCCGAGCACCGAUCAGAUGAGCAAGGCCGACAUGAUGUUCGACCAGAUGCGCGACAGCACCAAGCGGAGGACGGACCCACCGACUCGCAGGAAGAAGAAGGAGUCUCCCCAGGAGGAGAUUAACCUGAAGGACUACAGCUGGGUGCUAGAGCAGGUGACAGAAGCUGGGAUGGCGACAGACCUCUACGUGAAACAGCUGAUCGAGUUCUGCACGGAGGAGGACAGCCAGCUCGGGAAGGUCGCGGAGGAAUGCGAGGACGCCGAGAUCAUCAGGAUCACGCGGAAGGACGCGGAUCUCAGCACGAAACAUGGACUGGAGUUGGCCAAGAACCUGGCGGUGAAAAACCCUGGAGCAGACAUCUGGGGAAGCCUACCGUGCACAGCCGUCAGCGCGCUUCACAACGGUUACAUCGACAGACAGGAUGGUCAGUACUGGAAGAAGCUCGAAGCACGAAAGAAGAACCUCAAGAAGAUUGUGAAUCACUUCAUGGAAGUAAGCAGGGUUGUCAAGGACAAUGGUGGGGACGUGCACUUCGAGUGGCCACGUAACUGCCAUGGCUGGAAGUUCUUCCCGGAGCUGAUAGAGUUCUUUGGUGAGAUUGGCAUGGAGAAGGUGAACUUCGACGGGUGCCAGGUCGGGGUGGUCAACACUAAGGGCGAGCCGAUAUACAAACCGUGGACGCUGUGGACCAGCAGGAAGAAGCUCGCAACGGCCCUGAGUGGCAAACGCUGCCCAGAUCCCCAAGGACACGGACAUGCAGAAUGCUGUGGGAAGGAUGCUACACUAUCGGGCAAAUACCCCGCACGAAUGGCAAGGAUCAUCUGGCGGAAUAUCGUGGAACCGCCGAAGCUGAUGGGCAUGAUCGAGGAGCUGAGACAGGAGGAAGCCCUGGCGAACGACAACAAGGAGAUGUUCGACCAUGUGGUCGGCAUCGACGUGAAGGAGAUCGUAGGCAACGACCAGAUCAAGCGGAAGUACCUUGUGAUCGUGGACGAGGCGAGUAAGCUGACGCUGGCGGUCAAGAUCUUCUCAAUACCCGCUCAGGAGUCGAGGAACUGCACCGCCAAGGAGCUGCUGGAUGCGUUCAGAGGACAUUGGCCAGAUCGGCAUGGAAUGCCAAGCGUACUGAGGCCCGAUCCGGAAGGAGCAUUCGUGUCACACGAGUUCUAUGACAAUAUUGCAGGUGAAGGAGUGCAGGUGGAUCCGUGUGCCACCCAGGCUCACUGGCAGAAUGGCAUCGCGGAGCGUGCAAUCAAGACGGUGUUCGAGUGCGCCAAGGCCAUGCAGCGUGAUCAUGAGACCGACCUGGAGGCAGCUGUACAUGCGGCGGUGGAGGCACAUAACACGGUCGAGAGAGUCGAUGGAUACAACCCAAGCCAAUGGGCCUUCGGACGAGACAAGAACUGGUCAGGGACUCUCAAGAAGGAGGAUCACCUGGACGUCGUGAAGUGCACGAACCAGAGCUACAUGGAGAACCUGUCCAAGCGGGUGCUGGCAUCAAAGAUCAUUGGACUGGAGAGUCUCAACAAGGGGGAUGUGAUUUCCGUGGACAAAGAGGACGCGCCGAUGAAUGAGGAGACCUACACACCGGAGACCACAGCUCGUGCACCAGAAGACGGAGACAAGGAGGACCACUGGGAAGAAGGUGAGUUCGAAGGCUUCAGAGCCAAACCGGAAAAGACGACCAUGGAAAGGAUCACCGUGAUCAGGUAUGAGGACGGAUCCGAGGAGACGGUCAAGGACGACAACUGGAACGUGCACGGGAAGUCUACGAGGUCAAUGGGACGACGCUGGACUGGCAGGACCUACCUGUUUCCGAUCACGGACAAGCCAGAGGAGAUGAAGGUAGAUCAGAACGCCAAGGAGGUGAUCCAUGAGCAGGCGAAGAAGAUGGUCGUGGAGCAGGUACCGGAGACCCAUGGGGACGAUGGGAAAGACCAGCCGUCAAUGGAUGACAUCGAGAGCGAGAAAGUAAAGAACACGAAACAGAGCUACAGUGCCUUCUUCAAUGACAAGAUCGCGGACGGUGACCAGAUGGACUGGGACAAGCUCGACUGGGAGAACUUCGACGUGGCGGCAUGGGCUGCUACGGAGAUCCAGGAGGACCUGGAGAUCCCGACGGGGAUCGACUACAUCGAGGUAGCGUUCGAGGCGUUCGACGCGAACAGCAUGAACAAGUUCACGAGGCAGCCGGAGCAGUACAUCACCAAGGCGAUGAAGAAAGGAAGGUCUGAGGCAAGUGUCAAGCACAUGACCGACGAGCAGAAGAGUCUGAUGAAGGGGGCGAAGCUGAUCGAGGUGAGAGACUGGAUCGCCAACGACGUGCUGGAGAGGCUACCGCCACACAUCAAGCCGAAGUCGUCGGACGUCCUGAAGACGCGCUGGGUACUCACCUGGAAGAAGGACGAAGCGACAGGAGGCAGCCGAGCAAAGGCGAGACUGGUAGUGCUGGGAUAUCAAGAUCCUCGGCUAGGAGAAGAACCAGUGGCAUCGCCGACCAUGACCAGGAGAGCUCGGAACAUGAUCUUCCAGCUUACGGCCAUGAAGAAGUGGAAGCUGAAGAAGGGGGGCGUCAAGGCCGCUUUCCUGCAAGGCAGUGUACGGAUUAUGUCAAGCACAAAGUCGUGGUACGAGAGCGUGGACACCCUGAUGGAGCAGCUCGGUGGGCAACGAUGCGUGUCGGACCCGUGCGUCUGGGUUUUCAGCGACGGGAACAACAACGUGUUCGGGGUAGUUGGCACCCACGUGGACGACUUCCUGAUCGCCGGAGAUGGUGGAGUUCGAUGGCGAGAGAUCGAGGUGAAGCUGCAGAAGGCGUUCCGCUGGACUCCAUGGGAGGAAGGAAGCUUCAAGCAGACCGGACUGUCGGUCAUGCAGACGGCCAGCAGCGAGAUCACCAUACACCAGAAGGAGUUCAUCGACAACAUCACCGAGAUCAAUAUCGGACAGGAGCGUCGCAAACAACGGGACCAGAAGCUGACGGAUAAGGAGAUGACGAUGCCUCGGGGGGCACCGGGCGAGAUCCAGUGGGUGGCGACGCAGGCGAUGCCGAAAUAUCAGGCGCAGUGCUCAAUAUAUCAGAGCAGUGGACCGACGGCGACCGUGGAGGCGCUCUUCGGGAUCAACAAGCUGAUCAGACAGAUGAAGAACGAUCACGGCUAUAAGCUGAAGUUCGAGAGCUUCGAGGGAGAAGGAGUGGUCGUAGGCUUGAGUGAUGCAGCCUGGGCGAAUCGACAAGACGGGCUCUCGACAGGAGGAUAUGUGAUCGGGAUCGCGCCAGCGGAUAUUCUGAACGGCAAGCGGGCCCCAGUUGGCUGGGUUUCGCAUCGCAGUGGCAAGCUACAGCGCGUGGCCAGGAGUUCGUUGGCGGCCGAGGUUCAGGCACUGACAGUGACAGAGGACGAGCUUUUCAUGGUAAGAAUGAUCAGGUACGAUCGUGCCUGUGCGUGGACGCUGUGCGUGGACGCUAAGAGCAUCUACGACUGUCUGGCCAAGCAGGUGCAGAUGCAGAGCCUGGCCGAGAAGCGGACGGCGCUCGAGCUGAUGGCCUUCGAGAAGUGCAUCAACGAGACAGAGUUGAUUGUGCGGUGGUGCCACUCCGAGGCCAACCUGGCCGACAGCUUGACAAAGACGACAGCUACAGGGCCCAUCGAUCUGCACAUGAAGACGCGGAGCUGGGCACUGGUAGACGACGACGAGCAGCUCAGUGCCAAGAAGCGCAAGGAGCGCGGGAUGAGCAGGUUCGAGAACAACAAGGAUAUCUCUGGCCUCAUCAAGAAGGCAUGCAUGAAAGUGGGAGUGUCGUUACCAGAUGCAGCAGAUG